AUGAAGACAACGAUCAUUGGCAUUGCACUUGCAGCUACGGCGCUGACAACAGCGAAUGCACUGAAGUGUCAGAAAAAUGCAACGGGAGUACUGGCAACACGUGAAAAAAGGUUUGAACACAAGUUCGAUUAUGAUGGACACCCGGUGGCUGAGUGGACGCAAUAUUACAAGAUGAAAGACGGAAAGCUGGUAACAAGCAAGGAUCCGGGAGAAGAAUAUGACUUUUAUUCAUGUGAGGCAGAAGGAAACUUGGUAUCGGGAGAUAGAGCAGAAAUGACGGGUGUACUGAAGACAAAAGAUGGGAAGAAAUGUUUGACGAAUUCGUUUGUUUGGGCACGAAAGCCAGCUAAAUGGCCGGCGUGGGAGCAAGUGCCGAAGGAUGUGGAGAAGAAGGUGACGCUGGAGGACUGUGCUGAGAAUGGAAUGGGGCUUCGAAAGCAAUGGUUUGAGCUGAGUAACGCCCAUCGCCCUGGAUGUUCACAAGAGCUUUUGCAUCAUGGCUAUUAUGAAGAUCAAUCGUUGCACCUUGAGUAUGGCGAGAAAGGAGUGGCAUUUGACAGAAUAAAAGAGCUUGAUAAUGAGGAAGAAAAGGAAGAAGAGGAUUACCGAUUUUCAAUCAGCUACCUUAUGACAGGAAAGCUGGAUGAUACAUGCUAG